AGAAGACGAUCAAAACCUCACUUUGGAUUGACGACAGACAGAUAAAACUUGUGACUGCUGUAGUAAAGAUGCCACAAUCCAGCAAGCGAUCAAAGGCAGCGAAGAAGAGGAUGGCUGCUCCAGAGGACCACGGGUCUCCUGUUGAGGUUAAACUUCCUCGUGAAAAAAAAGCAAAACCAUCGGGGGUUGGGCCACCUCCCUAUCCCAAGGCCAAACAUACUAAACCAAACUCUACCAACAAACAAACGUACUCUGAAAACCACCCAAUUAUACCAAACUCUACAAACAAACAAACUAUUACAAACUCUGAAAAACAACAAACUAUUACAAACUCUGGCAACCAACGACUUUGUGCAACCCCUUUCCGUACACAGAUUCCAGACUCCGUAUCCGUACAUCUUUGUCAAACAGACAAACUAACUUCAACUAACUCAAUGCCUACCACUGUGAACAAGCACCCUGUUACUGAUGAUGGUUUCUCCUUGACUAAACCUGUUACUUUUCCAGAGAGAUCAGUGCUGAUGGGAUCCUUUCAUCAAGGUCAUCCACAGUUUGGAGAUGCACAGAACAAGCAGUGUGGUGCCAUCAGUCUGACUGCAGUUUUGAAGAGCAAGACUAAGAGUGUGUUGACUUGGAAUACUCAAGAUUUAGAUGAUGUUUUGGUGAAAGGGACUUGCCUGUGUAGAUCAAUGAGAGCUCAGGGUAAAAUAAGAGACCAUGUCAGAGGAAGAGGUUACAUUGCUGUGUCUGAACUGCCAACAAGACAUAGGUUGUGGAAUUCUGAUUUCAGAUUAAACUUUGCUGACUCGUUUACUGGAUUUGUUCAUGUUGAGGAUUACGACCAUGCUGUAUGUGAUGUUGCCAUGCCAUUUGAUGUAGCAUUACAACGAACACUGUUGAGUCAUGACGCAUGUCUCUUAACCAUUUGUGCUAAUACAUGUGCUAUUGUAAAAGAGGGAACAUGGUUUGCGCUAAUUGAUUCACAUGCUAAUAGAAAUGUUAACAAGAAACAACAUAUGGCAAGUAUUGUUGCAUAUUUUAGCUCUGCUGAAUCUCUGUACAGGUAUGUUUUUGACUUUGCAAGCUCAGUUGGAGAAAAUACACCACGCUUUGAGAUAACUGGAGUUGAAGCAGUCAUGAUUGCUGUCAGUGCAGAGCUGUAUGGAAUGUGUAAUGAUGCAGGUACAUCUUCCAGUUACAUGGUAAACACAGCGAUCUCUCCAAACAGCAGCCUGCUGUACAGUGAUGUUGUGAAAGGAAAUGGUAAGGUGUACAGACAGCAGGUAGUCAAGUCAACUACUGGAAAUGGCACAAAAGAUCCUGUGCAAACGAAAGCUGCUGCCACUGCUGAUGUAUUCUCAAGCACAGCACUCUACAGUGAUGUUCUGAAGCAGAAGCCUAAGGUUUGUGAUGAUGGGUUUUCUAGUGAUGUUUCCAAACAAAGUGUUGACAUGCCUGAAGUAUAUGCUGUUAGAUCUGAUACCACAAAUAAACACAGUGCACAAAAUGAGUACACAUCUGUAAAGGAUUACGUGACCAAGUCAAGAAUGUGUUACUGUGGUUCAUGGGCAACCGAGAUUGACAUAUAUGCUGCAGCUGACUUUUUAGACACAACUAUAAUGACUUUUAAUGAUGGAAGAUGGAAUGCACACCGGCCCACAACUACAAAUCCACAGUCAUGCACAGAAAAUGGUAUCUUCUUAAACCACACAGGCAACCAUUAUGAAGUUGUACAAUGUGUUAAACAGAGAGAUGCACAAAAUGUUUGUGCAGGAAUGUGUCAGCCUGGAGAGAUUGAUCUUUUGAAGACACGUUUAAGGAAAAGGAAAUUAAUGGAUGGAAGAGAAAACGUGAAAGCUAAGAAAGAACGCGAACAGUACUGGAAGAAUUCUGAUUACAGAGAGCAAAAACUAAAAAUUCUUAAAGAUAAAUAUCACAAAGAGUCGCAAAAAUAUAAGCUGGAUAAUUAUUUGAGGAAAUAUAAGACAAAUCGUGAAUUUCAGAAACUCAGACGUGAAUACUGGAAGAGUAAAUAUAGGAAGAAUCUUGACUUUAAAGAAAGUGUACGAGCAUACUCUAAAAGUAAAUACAGAAGGAAUGUUGAUUUUAAAGAAAGUGUACGAGCAUACUCUAAAAGUAAAUACAGAAGGAAUGUUGAUUUUAAAGAAAGUGUACGAGCAUACUCUAAAAGUAAAUACAGGAAGAAUCUUAGCUUUCAAGCAACUGUGCGAACAUUUUCCAAAACCAAAUACAAGACAAACAGAAAAUUUCAGUCUUUUGUCCGUGAUUAUGGUCGUAAUAAAUACAGAAGAAAUACAAUUUUUCAAAAUCAAAUCAAACAGCAUAACAAGAACAAGUACCAAGAAAAUGAAAAUAUCAGUGUAAAUAAAAUUCAAAGAAGCUGUGAGGACUAUGCAUGGUGGCAAAAGAGACGAGAAAAUUUGGAUUUUGCUAUAAGUCAUUUCCGCCAAGAAGUCAGCAGAGGUCCAGAGUAUGUAUGCUGUGUGUGUCAUCGUUUACUUUUCCGAAAACAAGUUGUUGAGUGUAAAAGACUUUGCUAUGAAAACAAAGGAGAGAAAACUGCUGCAUUGGCUGACAGGUGUAUAACACUUAAAUAUUUACAUGUGUGUGAUGUUGAAAGUGAGCAUGAGAACCAUUUGUCUGACAAUCCAUCAAGUACAUUAUGGAUUUGCUAUACAUGCCAUCGGAAAAUACUUUGUGGAAAACUUCCAGACCAGAGUGUUGCCAAUAACAUGUAUUUGGAGGAAAUUCCAGCGGAACUUAAGUGUCUAAACUCUUUAGAGCAUCAUUUGAUUGCACGUCAUAUUCCUUUUAUGAAAUUGCUGUGUUUGCCCCGUGGUCGCCAGAGAGCUUGUCAUGGCCCCUGUGUCUCUGUUCCUAUCAAUAACGCAGAUGUAACAAACAUACUUCCGAGACAUGAAUGUGACGACAAAAUGAUAAGAGUAAAACUGAAAAGAAAAUUGACAUACAAAGGGCAUUAUGAGUACAUGUAUGUCCAUACUGACCGUGUCAGAUAUGCUCUGAAAUAUUUAAUGACACACAAUAAAUUGUAUGAUGAUGUGAAGUUCAAUGAAGACUGGGUCAAUACUCUGAAUGAAACUGAUGAUACUGAGAAAGAGGUAUAUAACAAAGGUGAAACAGUAAAAGAAAGUAAUGAAGACAAUACUCCUGAAGAGCCACCAGAGGAAGAUUUGACAUAUAUUGAAGGACAGAAUGGACUUUUGUCAGAUACAUCCUUACAGCCGGUUGAUCUGGGUUCAGAGAUAAUUGAUCAGCAUUUCCAGGACAUCCUAAAUGUGGCACCAGGUGAAGGCAACAGUCCUGUUAGAUUGCUAACAGAUCAAACCAAUGAAGCAAAAUGUUUCCCUGUCCUCUAUCCUACUGGUGGGCCUACUUUACAUACUGAAAGAGAAGAAAAAAUAACUUUGUCACGUUACCUGAAUGCACGCAUACUCAAUGCCGAUGGCCGUUUCGCACAGAACACAGACUUCAUUUUUUAUGCACAGUACAUAUCAGAAGUUAAUCAAGUUGUGUCUAGUGUUUCAGUUGCAUUACGCAAAGGUGAAGGUUUGUCUAUGAAAAAGAUGACACAAGACAUGCUAACAAACUCAGACUCGCUACGUCAAAUAUUACGUAAUAAUGAAGGAUACAAGUUCUUAAGAGGAAUUCGUGGCACACCUCCAUACUGGAUGUCAGUACAGAAAGACCUUUUUGCCAUGAUAAGACAGCUUUCCAUACCCACUUUCUUUGCAUCUUUCAGCUCUGCUGAUUUGAGAUGGCCUGAAAUGCUGAACUCUAUCCUGAGAAUAGAAGGAAAACAAUUAAAUGUUGAUGAGCUUGACUGGUCGGAAAAAUGUGGUCUUAUACGACGCAAUCCUGUCACAGCAGCAAGAAUGUUUGAUCACAGGUGGCAUUGUUUUCUGCGUGAUGUAAUCAUGUCUCCAGCUGAACCCAUUGGGAAAAUAAAAGACUUCUUUUACCGUGUUGAAUUUCAACAACGUGGUUCACCUCAUGUCCACUGUCUUUUUUGGGUUGAGAAUGCUCCUAAGAUUGACAAAGAAAGUGAUGCUGAAGUAGCACAUUUCAUAGAUACCUACAUCACUUGUGAGACUCUACCUGAGACUGACCCAGAGCUUUAUGAGACUGUGAAUUGUGUGCAGAAACACAGCACGAGACAUUCCAAGACAUGUCGUAAGAAAAACACAGUGUGCAGAUUUAAUUUCCCACGACCACCAUCCAACCAUACCUUUGUCACAAGAGGAGGUAACUCAGAGGACUUGAAUGGCAAAGAUGAAAAUACAAGUGGAACUGGAAUUAUGAAGAAAGUCAAAACUGCGUUGACAAAGCCUGAUAUGAAUUUCAGUUCAGCAGAUGUAUUUUUUGAGUCUAUUGGAAUUGAUCAAGGUUUGUUUGAAAGAGCAUACAACAUAUGUUCCAAAAAGAAAAACAUUGUGCUAAAGCGAAGUCCAAAAGACAUUUGGGUAAAUCAGUACAACAAAGACUUAUUGCGUGCAUGGCAAGGCAAUAUGGAUAUUCAGUAUGUCACAGAUGCUUUUUCAGUAGUGGUAUAUAUACUGACAUAUUGUAUCACAAAAGCAGAACAAGAAAUGGGAUUGCUGUUACAACGUGCACAAAAUGAGGGAAUGCAUGGGAAUCUUGAUGCAAAAGCAGCAUUCAAACAGCUGGGAAGUGUAUAUCUUCACAACAGAGAAGUCUCAGCCCAAGAGGCAGUGUAUCGAUUAACACAUAUGCACUUGAAAGAAUGCUCUCGUCAAGUACAGUAUAUACCUAUUGGAGAGAACCCUGUUAGGAUGAGUUUGCCUUUGCACAUACUCCAAAAUAAAUCUCAACAUCAAGUGAGUGAUGAUGAAAACAGUCUUUGGAUGACCAAUAUAGUUGAAAGGUAUAAGAACAGACCCAGGACAGCACCAUUAGAAAGUCUAUGCCUUGCCAGUUUUUGUUCUGAAUAUAGAGUACUCUCAAAGUCACAAGUUUCCACUGCAAAAAAUUCAGAUAACAUAAUCAAGCUAAACAACGACUGUGGAUUUUUGAAGCAAAGGACCCGAACUGAACCUGCUGUUGUGAGGUAUCCCAGAUUUUCUCCCACAAAAAACCCAGAAAAGUACUUUCAUUCGUUAUUGCAACUUUUUUUGCCAUAUUAUGAUGACAUUCACCUUAAGCCGUCACAGUUUGUUUCCUACGAGGAUUUCUACAAAAAUGGUGCAGUAAAAUGUGGCAGUGAUAUUCAAAGAGUGCAGUUAAUUGUUGAUUCUAACAAAGCUUUAUUUGAAAAAGAAAGCGAUGAAAUCGAUAAAGCCAAACAGUUGCUGGAAGACGACAUUGACUUGGAAGAUGCCUGGGCUCAAAUAUGUCCUGAAACUGAAAACGAGCGUCUUUAUUGUUUAGAACUGAUGAAAGAUAAGGUCAUGCCUGAUGACGAUGAUGAUGAGGAACUCAUUCCGGAUCUGUCAGCACGCCCACAAACCACAUGUACUCUUGAAACAAAUCAUGUGACAAUGCCCAGAGAGGAUGCAUUGCAUUUACUACGGUCAUUAAACGAGGAGCAGUCUGCAAUAUUAUAUCAUGUUCGUCAGUGGUGUUUAGAUAAAUUGCUUGGACAAAAUCCUGAACCAUUUCGAUUGUUUAUUACAGGUGGAGCAGGAACAGGGAAAAGCCAUUUAGUCAAAGCAAUACAUUAUGAAUCCUCUAGACUGUUAUCUCAACUUGCUGAAAGUCCUGAUGAUGCCACCGUCAUUUUAACAGCAUCAACCGGUGUGGCUGCAUAUAACAUUGGUGCAACAACCAUUCACAACACAUUCUCCAUCGGUGCCAAUAUCAGAUUGCCAUAUCAACCUCUAAGUGAUGAUAAAGUAAAUUCUUUAAGAACCAAAAUGGGCAACUUGCAAAUUCUCAUCAUUGAUGAAGUGUCCAUGGUUGACCACCGCCUUCUAGCCUAUGUUCAUGGUAGAUUGCGUCAAAUCAAGCAGACUGGUGAUUACUCUGUUUUUGGAAAAGUCUGCAUUGUUGCUGUGGGUGAUUUCUAUCAGUUGCCACCUGUAAAAGGCACUCCUCUCUUUGCUGAUAACAACGGAGCCAACUUGUGGGACAACAACUUUGAAGUUGCAGAACUAACUAAAGUAGUCAGACAGCAAAAUGCAACCUUUGCGGAAAUGUUGAAUCGCCUGAGAGUUCGUAAAAAGAAAGAAGCUCUAAGUAGCCAUGAUGUUCUCACAUUAAAGCAGUGCGAAACAGGUGAAGAAUGUAGUGACAUUCACAUAUUUGCUACAAACGCAGAGGUUGAUAAAUAUAACAUCCAGAGACUGCAACAGACCUGUCCUGACGCAAUCAGUAUACCAGCUCAAGAUUUUGUCCGUAAUCCUAAAACUGGAAGAAUGGAACAGAAAGUAGGCUUUCACACAAACAUUUUCAAUUCCUGUUUGUCGGAUUGUGUUUCAUUGGGAAUUGGAGCAAAAGUGAUGUUGAAGAAGAAUAUAGACGUGUCUGAUGGUCUUGUCAAUGGAGCAUUUGGAACAGUUGUCCACAUCAGUAAACGUCAACAAGAUGAUGAUUUACCCACAACUAUUCAUGUAGAAUUUGACGACCCAAAUGUUGGCAAGAUUCAGAGAUCAAAAUCAAAUGUGAGGUUUUCUGAACGUUCAACGCUAAUUGAGGUAGAAGAGGACAAAGUCACAAAUGCUGGUGGAGUACGCCGUCAAUUUCCCCUCAGACUGGCUUGGGCAUGCACAGUUCACAAAGUCCAAGGACUCACUGUUGAAAAAGCUGUUGUAUCACUAAAAAAGAUUUUUACUGCCGGGCAAGCAUAUGUUGCUUUGAGUCGUGUGAAAACUCUCAGUGGACUGAUAAUUGAGGACUUUAAAGAGUCAAGCAUAUAUUGCAAUAACAAAAUAGACAUGGCAAUGAAAAGCUUGCCUCUGUUUACAUUUGAAAAGUCUGUUUUCUCUAAUGUUAACCAUACAUGUACACUAGCACUUCACAAUAUACAGAGUCUGAAAGCUCACUUUCAAGAUAUUUCUUCCCAUAAAACUCUAAUGAAAGCUGAUUGUAUUUGCCUAACUGAAACAUGGCUCAAUGUAGGCACUGAAGAAUUACCAGAACUUCCAGGAUUUCGCUUCAACCACAAUCCAAGAGCAAACUGUUACGAUGACACAGAGCCCCUCUUUACAGAACUGAAACAACAACAAAGAGGUGGAGUUGGUAUGUAUUAUUCAGACAACAUUGACAUUAAUGUUUUGAUUCCAGAACAAUGCAAUUUAGAAUGUUUGUAUUUUGCAAUACCUCAUGUAGAUUUGACAGGUGCCGUGUUGUACAGGCCUAGCACUUAUAAAAUUGACGUGUUUCGACAACAGCUGUUAAAGGUUAUCUGUGAACUUGAGAAGCAUCCAGGGAAGAGAGUUAUCAUGGGAGACUUUAAUGAGGAUGUCUUUGUAUCAUCUACAAUUCUAAAGUUAAUGGAACAACAUGGAUACACUCAACAUGUCCAAGCAGCAACAACUGAAAAAGGUACGCUAAUAGACCAUGUAUACAUUAAAGGCACAGAAGAUGUUAUUGUUGAAGUUGUACAGACAUACUACAGUUUUCAUGAAGCAAUACUUAUUUCCCUCAUGUAAUAUGUUCAUAAUUGAUCUGUAAGAUAUUGACCAUUAAGAUACUUUCUGUAUGUGUUUUAUAUAGGAUCAUUUACAUAUAAGAUUACGUCAAAUACCGUCCACAUAGUCUUGGGUGGGAAUGGGGGUGGUUGCAAGGAGAGCAUAACAUUGGACGGCUCCUUAAGGGGAUGGUAUGGGUAUAUAUAACAGACACAGGGAAUUAAAUUAGUCAUUCAUUGAGACAGUCAAAAUAUUACUUUCUUUUAAAUUCUUUUUUUUUAUACAAUGCAAUGUUAAAUUGUACAUAGUUAUUGUGUUUUAUUAAGAAUGUUAAACUAGACUUGAAAUACAUUUCUUAGAGUUAACUUUUAAUUUAAUGUAUUCUUCCAAAAGAUUUUGGACUUAUGGAGUUUACUUGGUUAGACAUUAUUUUUAUUAGAUUUUUCUCCAACAUCUUACUAAAUAUUACAAUUGAAUUUGUGAA